AUGCGUACCUCCUUCCUCCUCACAGCAGCCAUCGCUGCAUUUGGCGUCAAUGCCGAUGAUUCUACUACCACAACCACCACAAACACCGCAACCGCCACAACUCUUCCCUACUUUUCUCCCUCUUGGGACUGGCACAUGAUCACUCAUGGCCGCGGUAUUAGCAAGACUGCUGCCAGUAUCGCGGACGUCAAGUCACAGACCACCACCUACCACGUCGGCUGCCAAAAGGGUGUCCCGACCGGAGAAUGCAGCUUCCCCAAUUCAUGGACAAUUGUUCAGGGUGCAGACACUGCCAAUUUCAAGGCUGAAUAUGUCGCAACAACUUCGGACGAGUCAUCAAGCUGGGAUGUCACAAUUACUCAAACUUACGACUGCUCGCUGCACCAUUCAACUGAAUCAGCCAGUUGCAGCAUGAGUGCAAGCAUGAGCGGCACCAUUGAUGGGGAAAAAUCCAAGUCUUCCACCUCUACUAAGAUGAAGUACAAGUCUGCUCCUAUGGGCACCUCCACCGGCUCUUACUUUGCUUUGUUGGUCACUGCGGGCCUGGAGUCUACCACCAACUCCAAGGCAACUGAAACUGCUGCUGCUGCCAGCGGGAAAUCAGGUGCCAUGAUCACUGCUGCUCCCAUGGUUGCAGCAGCUGUUGCAGCUAUGCUGUAA